AUGGCUUUGAGCAAGACACACAGCUACAACUUCGCUCUGCAGAAGUACAUGCUUUUGCAGGAGCAACAUGAAGAAUUAUCAAGCCACCUUGAACAAAUACGACCACGGAAGGCGUCAGUGACAAGCAUGUCGACUCGAUCAUCCAGCACUUCAUCAACGUCAACAUCGCCUAGGCGGCAUUCGAGGAGCGGUGAGCGAAAACACGGCCGCUCUAGAGUUCGCUACAGCGGAUGGGAUACUGCUGGUUCCGGAUUACUGGACACAAUUCUGGAUGAAGAGACCAUGCACGAGAUUUCUGCCGAAGAACAGCGCCUAUUCGAUGUCAACGAGAGCAUCAAACGUGCAUUGACGGAGCUACUCAACUGUGAUGCAGUGCGCAGUGAUAGCGCUAUGCGCAUGUGGGCGCAAGCCAGACUUAUGGAGACGGAAAAGGAGCUUCGCUCUGGGCGACGGAGACGGAGCUCUCCAUGCAUGGAGUAA